GAACAACACAUGGCGAUUUGACAGAUAUAUUCAACAAAUUCAGUAUUUCAAGAGGUAGAAAUCUAAUCAAAACAUUGCGCGUUACAAGAGCAUGAAGCAGCGGUAUUAAAUUGAAUAUCAGUUUGGUUUUGUUAAUCUUGUUCCUAAAAGCAAUGAGUCAAUUAACUGAACCAUCGUUGGCCAAAGAAGCCGUUUUGCAGGAAAGCUCAAAAUUACCGAAUGGUACCCCGACAGUUCAAGGUUAUGAUUGGAAUCAAGGUGUGAAUUACGAAGCUCUUUUUCAGACCUACAAACACUCCGGGUUUCAGGCCACAAGUUUAGGAAACGCGAUUACCGAAGUACAGAAAAUGAUAAAUUGCCGCAUGGAACCUUUAGCCGUAGAGAAACAAGAUGCAUACGAAGAAGACGAGUUCAUCAAACGUAGAAAUAACUGCACAAUUUUUCUCGGAUAUACUUCUAAUAUGGUGUCCUGUGGGGUGCGUGAAUCUUUACGUUUCCUGGUACAGCACAAACAAGUCGACUGCAUAGUAACUACUGCUGGUGGUGUGGAAGAGGAUUUAAUAAAAUGCUUAGCGCCGACAUAUAUCGGUUCUUUCGAACUCGAUGGUAAGCGGCUUCGGGAGCAGGGUAUUAAUCGCAUUGGAAACUUACUGGUUCCCAAUGAUAACUAUUGUAAGUUUGAAACUUGGGUAAACCCGAUACUAGACGAAAUGCUAGCAGAGCAACGGUCAAGCGGGACACUUUGGACACCUUCAAAAGUUAUCCAGCGAUUAGGAGAAAAAAUCAAUAAUGAAAGUUCAAUCUACUACUGGGCCGCUAAAAAUAAAAUACCAGUUUUCAGUCCCGCAUUAACCGAUGGCAGCCUCGGAGAUAUGAUGUAUUUUCAUUCGUUCCGUAAUCCAGGGCUUGUACUGGAUAUAAUUUCUGAUUUGAGACGCCUAAACACAAUGGCAGUAAAAGCCAAUAAUUCAGGAAUUAUUAUACUCGGUGGAGGUGUGGUGAAACAUCACAUUUGUAAUGCAAAUCUUAUGCGGAAUGGGGCAAAUUUUUCUGUUUUCAUUAACACAGCCUCUGAGUAUGACGGGAGUGACAGCGGGGCAAAACCUGAUGAGGCAGUUUCUUGGGGUAAAAUUAAAGUAGAUGCAUCACCUGUGAAAGUUUACGCCGAAGCUAGUCUAGUGUUUCCAAUUUUAAUAGCUGAAACCUUUGUUAAAGACUACUUUAAAAAUAAACCGAAUUAACAUGA